AGAGCCGCGGCCGCAGCCGUCUCCCCAGACGCGCCAGGCAUUUGAACGGACCGGAAGUGCGAGUUCAACGACUUCCGGCAGUUGGGCUGGGAGAAGUAAGGAGUCCCGGGAAUGGCGACCAAGAAGCUUGCGCGGCAGCUUGGAUUAAUUAGAAGAAAGUCAGUUGCACCAGCAAAUGGAAAUCUAGGAAGAAGCAAAUCCAAGCAGUUCUUUGACUACUUAAUUGUCAUUGAUUUUGAGUCCACAUGUUGGAAUGAUGGGAAACGCCACCAGAGCCAAGAAAUAAUUGAAUUUCCAGCAGUAUUGCUGAACACAUCAACUGGAGAGAUUGAAUCUGAGUUCCAUGCUUACGUUCAGCCUCAAGAACAUCCAAUUCUUUCUGAAUUUUGCAUGGAACUCACAGGCAUAAAACAGGCUCAAGUUGAUGAAGGAGUCCCUCUGAGGAUUUGCUUAUCUCAGUUCUGUAAAUGGAUUCAGAAGAUUCAGCAAGAGAAGAAAAUUAUUUUUGCUACUGGGAUUCCAGAUCUGCCUAAUGCCGAAGUAAAAUUAUGUGCAUUUGUUACUUGGUCAGACUGGGACUUGGGGGUUUGCCUGGAGUAUGAGUGUAAGAGAAAACAACUGUUAAAACCCGUGUUCUUAAAUUCUUGGAUUGAUCUCAGAGUCACUUACAAGAUUUUCUAUGGAAGAAAACCAAAAGGACUUAGUGGUGCCCUGCAGGAAGUGGGAAUAGAAUUCUUAGGACGAGAACAUUCUGGGUUGGAUGAUUCUCGGAAUACUGCCCUACUUGCUUGGAAAAUGAUCAGGGAUGGUUGCUUAAUGAAAAUUACAAGGUCCUUGAACAAGGUGCCCACUAAGAAGAAUUCCAGCGUUUUGGCCAGAAAUUUGAAUACGAAUCAAGUUGAAGAAAGAUCAGCCUCCAAGAGUAGCAUUCAGGGUCUGAGCACAUAUGAUAGGGAGCCUAAAAAUACAGUAAAUUCUCAUGAAAAAGUUCAGAUGAGGUCAGUUGGUGUGAAUUCUCCUAUAAAGGUACAGCAAGAUCAGUUCCAACUAAAGAGCAGUAUAAAAGCAGGUCUUCACAAUGGCAAAAGCUAUUUAUCUUUUUUUAAUACAAAAUCCUCUACUUCUCUGGAGCAGUUGCCAUCUGCCAGCUUGAAUACACCUGUGCAGAAGCACAUAAGAAACGAACACCUUGCGUUUGAUACCAAAUCUAAGUCUUCAGCAGUUGGUUCAGAAUUGGUACUUGUGUCAACUACCAUUUCAUCUGUUAAUCAUGUUUCUGAUCCAGAAAUGAAUUAUGCUCUUGAUUGUUUACCUAUGUUGGCUGAUUGGGAGGAUGUAGCUUUACUGCCAGCAUCUCAGCCUGAGCAAAGUAUAGAUUAUGUACCUUCCAUUAGUGACUCAAACUUAGAUACUUCAUUUAAUUCUAUAGAAAGAUUAAUGGUUUUAAAAGAAGGCACAGAAGAAACUCCUCAAAAAUACGGGACCUCUAAGUCUGUUGUAUAUAAGAGUCCACAUACUACUAUUUAUCACGUGAAAGAAGCCAAAGAUCCAGAUUCAGAUGUUUCUGACUUUAAAUUACCUGAAUGCAAAUCAAGUAGCUUCAACAGUGUUAAUGCCACUAUGUCCCAUCCUUCAGUAUUGGGGAAAUAUCCCCUCCUUUUAGGUAGUACUAAAAGGAAUCUGUCCAGUCCUCUAUCUUUCCCAUCAGCAAAAAAACAGAUCCUCACUGUUCAUGAAGAAAAGCCUACAUCAUCUGAUGGCUUCCCAGUGAGAAGUUGUUCGCGGAAGGGCCUCCCCUCUAUCUUAGCUUCUACAGUUAACCUGCAAGAGCCUUGGAAGAGUGGGAAAAUGACACCGCCUUUAUGCAAGUGUGGCCGAAGAUCUAAGAGACUUGUUGUUUCUAACUAUGGACCAAACCACGGAAAAGUCUUCUAUUGUUGCCCAGUUGGGAAAUACCAAGAAAACAGAAAAUGUUGUGGUUAUUUCAAAUGGGAACAAACACUUCAAAAGGAGAGAGCCAACAGCAGAGUUCUGUCUCAUUCCCCAGGGGGACUCACUUUUAGUUGCCCAGAAAUAAGCCAUAUUUGUGACAGAAAUGUAAAUUUUUCUACUAAAAAUUCAUUGAGACUCAGACCUUCAAUGAGGAAUUGAUAAACUUUCUCUACAUCCAAACUAUGUUUUUUACUAUAAUAUGACUUUUUGUGUGAUAAACAGAAAAAAGUGUAUAGGGCUACAAGUUAUGGGGACUUAGCAUAUCUGAGUUCUGUAGACUGUAUUGGGGCUAUUAAACACACACACACACAGCACACUGAAGAUAGAGAAAAAAUCAAUUUCACAGGCUUCUAAUUUCAUUCAUCAGUUACCCAACAUUUGUCUUCUGUUCAUGUAUGAAUUCUGAUUGUUCCUCGAAUUUCCAAACAUCAUGAGUAUUCUUAUAAUACUUGUACACUGUUUUUUUUUAUUUCAUAAAUGAAAUAUAUGAACACUUGCCAAAUUUAUCAUACUUUCUUGAAGAACCACAAAUUAAAUAUUUUGUAUGCUGCAUUUGAUUAGAUACAAGCAACAGUAGUAUGAUGUUCUUCUUUUAGUUAGACCUUGAAAUGAAUUUAAGCUAUUUUUUAAGUUACUUGAAUAAAAAUGUGACUAAUAGGGGUGCCUGGGUGGCACAGCGGUUGAGCA